UGAGCGUAGCAGGCGGCCAAUGAGCGUGUGGAUUAUGCAACAGAGUGUGCCCGCCUACAGGGGACGCCCAAUGGUCGCGGGGUGGGUGUGUCUCUAGGCCCCUCUUCUCGGUGGCGCCACCACGGCGGUGUCGGGUGGUUCUGACAUCCAAGAGCGGCGCUCAGGGGCCCGGACCGGCGGCCAAGAGCAGCCCGGAGACUGUACUAUGGAACUGGAAGCCGUGCUGAAGGAGCGGGGCGCCUCGGCUGGGGAUCCGGCCCUCAUGCUGGGAGCCUGGGUCAAACGUGGCUGGCCGACCGGGCCCGAGCCGGAACUGAGCAGCCGCGCCGCCCCCGAGGGAGGCCGAGUCCCCGAGCUGGAGUACGAGGGGCUGCCCGAGGGAUCUACCGUCACCACACACAUGAUGGCCGGAGCCGUGGCCGGGAUUAUGGAGCAUUGCCUCAUGUACCCUGUGGACUGUGUGAAGACCCGGAUGCAAAGUCUGCAGCCUGAUCCCGCCGCUCGCUACCGCAACGUGAUGGAGGCCUUGUUCAAAAUCAUCCGCACGGAGGGAUUCUGGAGGCCGAUGCGAGGAUUGAACGUUACAGCGAUAGGAGCUGGGCCGGCACAUGCCCUGUAUUUUGCCUGCUAUGAGAAACUGAAAAAGACAAUGAGUGAUGUCAUCCGCCCCGGGGGCAAUAGCCAUAUAGCUAACGGGGCCGCUGGCUGUGUAGCGACACUGUUGCAUGACGCAGCGAUGAAUCCUGCUGAAGUAAUCAAGCAGAGGAUGCAGAUGUACAACUCGCCGUACCGGAAGGUGACGGACUGUAUGAGAGCCGUGUGGCGCAACGAGGGUGCUGGUGCCUUUUACAGAAGCUACACGACGCAGCUGACCAUGAACAUCCCCUUCCAGGCCAUUCACUUUAUGACUUAUGAGCUCAUGCAGGAGCACCUAAAUCACCAGAGACAAUACAACCCAACCUCCCACGUGCUGUCCGGCGCCUGCGCAGGGGCGGUGGCCGCCGCCAUCACCACGCCGCUGGACGUUUGCAAAACCUUACUGAACACGCAGGAGACGCUUGCCUUGAAUUCCUCCAACAUGAGCGGACAUAUCACCGGCAUGGCCAACGCCGUUAGGACGGUUUAUCAAGUGGGCGGCAUCGCGGCCUACUUCCGAGGAGUUCAGGCCCGAAUCAUCUAUCAGAUGCCCUCCACGGCCAUCGCGUGGUCUGUGUACGAGUUCUUCAAAUACAUCAUCACCAAGCGUCAGGAAGAGAGGAGGGCGGGUCACUGAAGCGCCAUACCAAAGCACAGCCGUUAUUCCAGGCCGGGGUGAACUGUCAGCCGGCAUGAUCUGCCUUUUUUUUUCUUUUAAUGUUUUAUCUAACCUGUUCUUAGCGUGCCGAGAGCUCUGUCCUCCAUCACUGUCCCUUAAUACAAUGCACAGAACACGGA